GCUUUAGAGAUCAGUCUUCACAGGAUGGCUGUGCACAUUAGAGCACUUUAAAGGAGGAAUAUUUCACCUGAAGAAUCUUUGCAUUUACUUAAUCUCAACCUAAGCCUGCCUUAAACUUGAAAUGAUGUCCCAUUCCUGGUUUGGACAAGUCCUGAUUUGUGUGGAAGUGAGCAUACUGGUGGCAGUCCUGGUGGUCGGCGGCAUGGCACAGAUUUAUGAUAGAUGGGAAGAAGGGUCAUCCUGCUAUGGAGGAUUUGAUCUUUACUUUGUUCUAGACAAGUCUGGCAGUGUGCAGCACUACUGGAAUGAGAUCUAUUAUUUUGUGGAUCAUCUCGCCCACAAGUUCAUCAGUCCUCAGCUCCGGAUGUCUUUUAUAGUAUUUUCCACUGAUGGACGGAUCCUGAUGCCGCUAACAGAGGACAGAGAUAAGAUUCGAGCCGGACUAGAAGAGCUGCGUUUGGUGCAGCCGGGUGGAGACACUUUUUUGGACAGAGGCCUUCAUAGAGCCAGUGAGCAAAUAUACCAUGGUGCUGGAUAUGGCUACCGGACAGCAAGUGUCAUUAUCGCCUUGACAGAUGGAGAGUUGAGAGAGAAUCAGUUCGACGUGGCGCAGAGAGAGGCUGACAGGGCACGGCAACUUGGUGCCACUGUGUACUGUGUGGGGGUGAAAGAUUUCAACGAAACACAGCUUUCCACCAUAGCUGAUAGCAAGGACCAUGUCUUCCCUGUGAAUGAUGGAUUUCAAGCUCUGCAAGGAGUCAUUGACUCGAUCUUGAAAAGAUCCUGCAUUGAGAUCCUGGCUGUAGAGCCCUCCAGUAUCUGUGAAGGAGAAAGCUUCCAGGUGUCUGUUAGAGGAAAUGGUUUCCUUCAUGCCAGAGAUGUGCAGAAAGUGCUUUGCAGCUUCCGGAUCAAUGACACACUCACUCUCAUGAAAAGACCUUUGGUGGUUAGAGAUACUUAUCUUUUGUGCCCAGCUCCAGUUCUGGAAGAAUUUGGAACAUCAGCCACUCUCCAUGUUAGCAUGAACAAUGGCCUCAGCUUUAUAUCCAGCUCUGUCACCAUUACUGCCAUCACUUGUUCUGAUGGGACCUUUGUGGGGAUUGCAUUGCUCAUCCUUCUGCUCUUGUUAACCAUGGCUCUGCUGUGGUGGUUCUGGCCUCUCUGCUGCACUGUGGUCAUUCAUGAGGCACCUCCACCAGUAAUAGAAGACGUCUCUGAUGAUGAAGAUGGUUUCCCAAAGAAGAGGUGGCCCACUGUGGAUGCAUCGUACUACGGUGGCCGUGGAGUCGGAGGAAUCAAGAGGAUGGAGGUUCGUUGGGGAGAUAAAGGCUCAACGGAAGAAGGAGCCAAACUGGAAAAAGCCAAAAAUGCUCGCGUUGUGAUGCCUGCUCAGGAAUAUGAUCCGCCUCCACCACGGAUUUACUACCACAGAAACAAAACCAUCUCCACCCACAAGUGGUACUCUCCCAUUAAGGGGAAACUGGAUGCUCUGGUUGUGUUGAUGAGAAGAGGCUACGACAGAGUUUCUGUGAUGCGACCUUAUCCUGGAGACAAGGGUCGGUGCAUCAACUUUACCCGGAGUCCAUCUUACCCUCCUCCCCGCUACCCAAUCUACAACCAUCCCUCCACGCCUAUCUACACAUUACCCAACAGGUACCAGCGGCGUGCAUCCGACGGCUGCCAGGACCUCUACCUGCCACCCUCGCCUACUUCCACACUGCCACCUCUGCCGUCGACUCCACCCCCGACCUCCAGCAGCUCCUCCAUGUACACGCCUCCUCCGAACAGAGACCUGCCCCAGACCAACGCCAGACCGAUCACUCCACCUCCAUCCCCAACAGGCUCCCUGCCACCUCCACCCCAGGGGCAGCCUCCUUGUAGAGCUCCUCCACCCUCACGCCCCCCUCCUCGGCCCAAUCAUGAGAUCAACUGAAGAUGUUAGCUCCAAAAACUUUACCUGUGGGACCUUUUCGCUAUAACUGAAAUUCUGAUCGACCACAAUAAGAAUAGAAGUGACUUUUCACAAGAGCUGCAAACAGUUUAACCUGAAAUACAAUAUUUUGUUCACAAGUCUCAUCUUGAACACCAGUGUAAAUAAUGCAAGUUUUUCAUAUUUUACUGUCUUUGCAUACAACAAUGUACUCCAUGAAACAGAUGGUCAUUCACCAUUCCUGAGUUUUACUUAAUGUAAAUUAAACAUGUUAAAGCAGCUAGAGCUUUUGGUGCUGCAUAAAGGAAAAUAAGACAAUAUUUGGAACUUAAUUUUCUUGAGUUGAGGUUUGUGCCUCACAACAGUGAUCUUAAUUUCUAUGCCAAUAAGAGAAAAAGAAGCACUGAAAAAAUGAAAUGGGAACAUGGCAACCAUAAGUUAUAGAUAAGUUACAGAAGAGCUAAAACUAAGUGCAUACCAAAGUUCCUCUAAAGAAGAAAAUAAUGAUGGUUAAGUCUCUGACUUCAAUAGAGUUCAUUAGAUUAAUAUUCAUGUGGUGACGUCUCCAGGGAAAAGGUAACCUGGUAUAAGACAGAUUGAUUCAUAUAGUUCAAUUUCAACUUUACACAAUAUCCAUCUGGAAAGUGUUCCACAAAGGGAGGAACACUCAGUCCAAUUCUUCGAGCUGAUUGGGUAAAUCACCAUCUGGCACCUGCCUCCCCUGUCGAGCUUUUAGCCAAUCACAGCAGCAGUAAUAGCUGUGACUUAUCACAUUCUUGAUUUGUUUCAGAGUUAACUGAUAAAUCAAAGUUUUACCAAAUCACACAAAUAUCUUCCUCAUCCACAAAAGCAAAAGUCAAGUCCUUUUGCUUAUUUUUUUCAAUAGCAAAUAGAGAGUAUUCCGGCUAAAACAGAGACAGCCAUGUUUGUUUUGCUUCAGCCUUCUUUUUCUGGUUGAACUCAUGCACGCCACUGCAUUUCAUUGGUUCGAAACAUUUCUU